AUGCUUCAAUAUAAAGUAGCACUUACAGCUAUUCGAGAGGAUUUCAAUCCAAUUAUUGGUGCAGGCAAGAUCACACAACAAUGGUUGGUUGAUAGUUAUUUGCAAGUAGAAGCAAACAACCUUAAUUACAUUCGACAAAACCAAAAGCGUUUACGAGCUGAAUGCUACCAAGGACUCUCAGACCAUAUAAACAAUUUAGCACAAAAUCAAAAUGUUGCAGCUGGAGUGUCAGUUAUUCUUCCUUCAAGUUUUGAAGGAUCUCCCCGUAACAUGCGUGAACGGUGUUGUGAUGCUAUGUCAAUAUUUUCUAAAUAUGGUCCUCCUGACCUUUUUAUCACUUUUACAGCUAAUCCUUGCUGGCGUGAAAUCACAGAAAACUUGAAACCUGGAGAAAAAUCUUCUGAUCGGCCUGAUUUGAUUGCGCGAGUUUUCAAGAUUAAGCUUGAUGCAUUACUAAAUGAUGUAUUGAAACAUGGAAUUUUUGGAAAAGUCAUUGCAUAUGUCUAUACAAUUGAAUUUCAGAAAAGAGGUUUACCUCAUAGCCACAUUUUAGCUACAUUAACUGCUCAAGACAAAUUUACCACAAUUCAACGAGUAGAUCAAUUUAUAUCAGCAGAAAUUCCAUCAAAUGAGAGACCGAAGCUACGAGAAAUAGUUUUAAAAUGUAUGACGCACGGUCCAUGCGGAUCUCAAUAUCCAAAUUCACCGUGCAUGAAAGACGGUCAAUGCUCAAAACAAUUUCCAAAGGCUUUCAAUGAAAAAACUAUUCUUAAUGUAGAUGGAUACCCAUUAUAUCGACGUCGCACCAAUGAACAUGCUAUUAUUAGAGGCAAACAAGUAGACAGCCGAAAUAUAGUGCCAUACAAUCCCUAUUUAACAUUAAAAUAUAAUGCGCAUAUUAACGUAGAGGUGGCUACAUCAAUAAGAUUUGUUAAAUAUAUUUAUAAAUAUGUUUUUAAGGGUUUCGAUUGUGCUACUCUUACCAUAGGAACAAAUGAUCAGCCUCAAUUAUGUAUGAAUGAAAUUACAAACUUUAUUGAUUGCCGUUAUGUAAGCGCUCCAGAGGCAAUGUGGCGUUUACGAGAAUACAAGAUGCAUGAUCGUUCACAUUCUGUAAUGAGACUACCAGUUCAUCUCCCCAAUCAACAAAGAAUCACCUUCGAAGAAGGUCAUGAAGAAGAAGCUCUUUUAGCAGCUCAAACAAAUAAAACAAAACUAGAGUGUUGGUUUGAUUUGAAUGCUAACGAUCUUGAUGCCCGACAAUAUCUGUACACUGACAUUCCAUACAAUUACGUUUUUGUACGUGGUCAAUGGCAAAAACGAAAAAAAGGAGGAGAAAAAAUUGUUGCUCGCAUGUACACAGUUAGUGUCAAAGAUCAAGAAAGAUUCUAUUUACGAAUGCUGCUUCUUCAUAUCCCGGGUGCAACGAGCUUUGAAUUUUUACGUACAGUAGAUAAUGUUGUUUAUGAAACAUUCAAAGAAGCUGCAAUUGCAAGAAGACUUUUAGAAUCUGAUGACGAAUGGGAUCAUUGCUUAAUUGAUGGUGCAACUUUUUUGAUGCCUAAGCAACUCCGUGAAAUGUUUGCAUACAUUUGCAUAUUCUGCCAACCUGCCCAACCUAUCAAACUUUGGCAGGAUCAUUUAGAGAGCCUAAUUCUUGACUAUUUACGUUCACAGAAUGAAAAAAACUCUAUCAAUAGUGCCCUUCAUGACAUUGAGUAUAUAUUAAAACAGCAUAGUAUGUCAUGUGUAUCUUUAGGUUUACCAAUGCCACGGGGAAAUGCCCCAGAAGAGGAGAUGUUUGAUCGCGAAAUGGAAGCAUGUCAAGCAGCAGAUCAAAUUGGAAAAUUAAAUGAAGCACAGUUGGCGGCAUUUGUUAAAAUUAAAACAGCAGUUGAAGGCAGUUCAUCUUCAGAGCAAUCAAAACUUUUUUAUGUUGAUGGUCCCGGUGGCUCAGGAAAAACAUUCCUUUACAAGACAUUAAUGGCAUAUUUCAGAGGUGAGGGAAGUAUCGUACUUGCAUUUGCGACAACAGGAAUCGCUGCUACAAUACUUAAAGGAGGUCGAACUGUUCAUAGUGGCUUUAAAUUACCGGUACCUUUACUGGAUACUUCUGUAUCUUCAAUGCGUAUGAAUUCACCUGAAGCACAAAAUUUACGACAAGCUGCUUUAAUUGUAAUUGAUGAAAUUACUAUGCUGCCAAAAAAUGGCCUUCGCUGUAUUGAUAAGCUAUUACGUGAAAUCAUGAAAUGUGAAAAUCCUUUUGGUGGAAAGGUUUUAGUCGUUGGAGGUGAUUUUAGACAAACAUUACCAGUUGUCCCUCGAGGAACUCGAACUGAAAUUAUAGAAUGCUGCAUCAAAUCAAGUCCAUUAUGGAAACACUUUGAACAGUUGAGUUUGACAGUUAACAUGAGAAGUGAAGGCCAGAUGGAGUAUAAUCAAUGGCUUUUAGAUAUUGGAUCUGGAAAGCAAGCUAGAAACCCACAAAUUUAUGAAGAUGACAUUAUUCAAAUUCCUAAUGACAUGAUAACCACAAAUGACCUUAUAAGUGAUAUAUUUGGCAAUAUUGAGCAAAUGAGUAUUGAAGAUCUUUCAAAAAGAGUUAUUGUAGCUCCUACAAACAGUCAAACUCUUGAAAUGAAUAGAAAAAUAAUCGAUUCCAUACAAGGUGAUUCACAAAUUUAUUAUAGUGCUGGUUCAAUGAUAUGUGAAGAUCCCAGUGAUGAACUAAAUUUUCCUGUAGAAUUUCUAAACGAUCAAACACCAUCAGGUAUGCCGCCACAUGUUCUUCUUCUCAAAAAAGGUGUAAUUGUAAUGCUCUUGAGAAACCUUAAUCCAAAAAAAGGAUUGUGUAACGGUACUAGACUUAUAAUAGAGGAAAUGAGUAGAAAUUUUAUUAAGGCAAAAAUACUAUCAGAAUGUAACAAAGGAGAUAUUGUGUUCAUUCCUCGCAUCGAUUUAGCGCCGUCAGAAACAUCACUUCCAUUUAUUUUACGACGAAGACAAUUUCCACUAAUUCCAGCAUAUGCAAUCACUAUCAACAAGUCGCAGGGACAAUCUUUUGAUCAUGUUGGAAUUCAUUUAGAGACAGCUGUAUUUUCGCAUGGACAGUUGUACGUAGGUUUCUCUAGAUCUAGAAUUGCAAGUCAAGUUAAAGUCUUUAUCGAAGCAAAUCCACAGCAAGGUCCAUUAUUAAAUGAUGAAAGACAGUUCACUCGCAAUAUUGUUUAUACAGAAAUUCUUUAA